AUGGGGCCCAUGUUCAAAGUAGGUUACCACAUUCCAUUAGAUCUACAAGCUUGCCAUUUUGUAGGAAGCUAACCUAGGACCUCAUCAGAUGCAUACACUUGGAAUAAUAUUUGGCAUCAACCACUUGCUAAAGCCAGCAAAGGUACUGAGAGCUCAGUAUACUAGUGUGUCAUGCCUCCUUUGAAUUUCUACCUUUUGUCUCCUCUUCCCUCCAAACCCAGCAGUAUAAGAAGCACUCUUUUGUGCCUCCAAAGCAAAGCCCCUUCACACUCACUCACCUUCUUGCUGCAUUGCAAAUCUGUAAUGGCCAAGAAUGGUUUUAUCAAUGGUGCAUUGCAAGCUGGGACAUUGUUUGGUAUCCUGGCAGUUGCAUCAAUGGCGGAGCUGGCUUCUGGAGGUGGUGGCGGCCAUGACUACGCCAUGGCGUUGAGGAAGAGCAUACUCUACUUCGAGGCGCAGCGGUCCGGCGUUCUCCCUCCCAACCAGAGGGUCGCCUGGAGAGCCAGCUCUGGUCUCUUCGAUGGAAAGUCCAAUGGAGUUGAUCUUGUCGGAGGAUACUACGACGCGGGGGAUAAUGUCAAGUUCGGGUUGCCCAUGGCGUUCACGGUGACCAUGAUGUCGUGGAGCGUCCUGGAGUACGGCAAGCAGAUGGCGGCGGCGGGCGAGCUGCGGAACGCCAUGGACGCCAUCAAGUGGGGCACCGACUACUUCAUCAAGGCGCACCCGGAGCCCGACGUGCUGUACGGCGAGGUCGGCGACGGCGACACCGACCACAGCUGCUGGCAGCGGCCGGAGGACAUGACGACGAGCCGGCAGGCGUUCCGCGUCGACCCGCAGCACCCGGGCUCCGACCUCGCCGCGGAGACCGCCGCCGCCAUGGCCGCCGCGUCCAUCGUCUUCCGCGGCACGUACCCGGGCUACGCCAACCUCCUCCUCGUGCACUCCAAGCAGCUGUUCGAGUUCGCCGACAAGUACCGGGGCAAGUACGACGCCAGCAUCACCGUGGCGCGCAACUACUAUGGCUCGUUCAGCGGAUACGGGGACGAGCUGCUGUGGGCGGCGGCGUGGCUGUUCGAGGCGACGGAGGACAGGUUCUACCUGGAGUACCUCGCCGGCAACGGCGACGCGCUGGGCGGCACCGGGUGGUCCAUCAACCAGUUCGGCUGGGACGUCAAGUACCCCGGCGUGCAGGUCCUCGCCGCCAAGUUCCUCCUCCAGGGCCGCGCCGGCGAGCACGCCGCCGCGCUGCAGAGGUACCGGCAGAACGCCGAGUUCUUCGUGUGCUCCUGCGUCGGCAAGGGCCCCGUCAACGUCCCGAGAACCCCCGGCGGCGUGAUGUACCACCAGCGGUGGAACAACCUCCAGUUCGUCACCAGCGCCUCCUUCCUCCUCACCGUCUACGCCGACUUCGCCACCAUGUCCGGCCGUGGCGCCGUCCGCUGCCCCGCCGGCGCCGCGCAACCAUUCGAGAUCCUCAAAUUCGUCAAAUCUCAGGUGAAUUACAUCUUGGGGGAUAAUCCGAGGGGGACGAGCUACAUGGUGGGGUAUGGCGCGAGCUACCCGCGGCAGGUGCACCACCGUGGCGCGUCCAUCGUGUCCAUCAAGAGGGACCCGUCGUUCGUCAGCUGCCAGGAGGGCUACUCGGCGUGGUACGGCAGGGAGGCCGGCAACCCCAACCUGCUCGACGGCGCCAUCGUCGGCGGGCCCGACGAGUACGACGACUUCGCCGACGAGCGCAACAACUACGAGCAGACGGAGGCGGCCACCUACAACAACGCGCCCCUGCUCGGCGUCCUCGCCCGCCUCGCCGGCUCCUGCGGUGGCCUCAAGGAAGAGGAGGCGGAGGCGGCCCCGCUCGCGAACCGGACGUCGUCGUGGUCUCGUCACACGGCGCCGUCGCCGAUCGAGAUCGAGCAGAACGUGACGAGGACGUGGGCGAGGAGGCGCAGGACGUACUACCGGUACUCGGUGACGGUGACGAACAGGUCGCCGAGGAAGACGGUCAGGGAGCUGCACCUCGGCGUGGCGGAGCUCCGCGGCCGGCUGUGGGGCCUCGACGAGGCGAGGUACGGGUACGUGCCGCCGGGGUGGCUGCCGGCGCUGCGCCCCGGGAAGAGCCUGAGCUUCGUCUACGUCCAGCCGGCGCCGCCGGCGAACGUGUGGGUCACCGGCUACAAGCUGGUCUGAUGAGCUGAACUAACUAUACAUGCUGAGGUGGCACUGUGGCAAUGCGUGUGGUAGAGACUAGAGACUAGAAUCGUGUUGUUAGUGUGGAGGAAGCAGUGAAGAGUCCAUGGAGAUGUAGCUGUUCGUCUUCUUCCUCGAGUGAUUUUGGGGCCUUGGAGAGAUGGAGAUGUAGCUGUUCAUCCUCCUUUUGCCCUCACAAGUUCAAAGUUACUUGUCCCUGUUCCAUGCAAAUUAUUUGCAUCCACAA